CUCUACUUCCAAUCCCGGUCUGCCCUUUAAUACUGCUUCAAUGGCUGUACCACUCACCCGGCCUGUCUUAGGCAUCGUGUGUGCAUCGGCAAGGAAUGUCUCCCACUCUCUCCUCCUUCCCGCCAGCUACAGAUGCUUCUCUGUGCUGAACCGACCGCCUCCAAACUAUGAUGGCCACAUACCGUUGACGAGGCUCGAAAGACUUGGGUUAGCCAUAGGAUCUGGACUAGGGAGCUUCCUCAAUCCUCGAAGAGGCGACCUCAUAGCGGCCUUCGGAGAGGCCACCGCCCAGCCAUUCUUCAUAAACGCCUUGCGCAAUCGGAUGCUUUCACAUCCAACCGGCCGCCGCAUUCUUCGAGAUCGUCCUCGUCUAACUUCAACGUCGCUCGACAUACCCCGCCUUCGCUCCUUGCCCCCAAAUACGCUCGGCUUCGCGUAUGCCUCGUGGCUAGACCGUGAAGGCGUGUCUCCAGAUACGCGCGCACAUGUGCGCUACAUAGAUGAUGAGGAGUGCGCAUACGUAAUGCAGCGCUACCGAGAGUGCCACGACUUCUACCACGCCCUGGUCGGGCUCCCAGUAUUUAGGGAGGGCGAGGUCGCAUUGAAGGCUUUUGAGUUUGCCAACAUGGGCCUACCCAUGACGGGAUUAGCCGUAUUCAGUGCUCUGACCUUGAAGAAGGCCGAAUGGAGGAGGUUUUGGGAAAUCUAUGGACCAUGGGCUGUACGCAAUGGAGUAAAGAGUGAUGAUGUCAUCAACGUGUACUGGGAAGAGGAGCUGGAAACAGAUGUGGAUGAGCUCAGGAUGAGAUUAGGUAUUGAGAAGCCUCCAGAUCUACGAUCUAUUCGGAAGAUGGAGAGGGAGGCUAGGAAAAGGGAGAAGGGGGCCAAGGAAAGAGCCGCAGCAGGAGCUAUGUGA